UCCAAAGCUUUAUUUUCCCAUUUGUUCAAAACUAAACCUCUGUUAACAAAGUCCGUGUCAGUGCCAUGUGCAGGAAGAAGAUCCGCUUUUUCUCUUAGUGCCAAGGAAAUAUUGGACGAUGAUAGUUUCACAUAAGCUGAAAAGGUUCAAAGGAGAUUCACAGGAUGAGUAAAACCAGCAAGGCAAAGCUGGGACUCAGUACAGUGAAGGACCUCAGGGCCAGUUACUCUUUAGUUGUGGUUUCCAAGUUCCAGUUUAAAAGUUCAUCCAUUUAUCUGCCUAUCAGUUAUUCCAGCCACUGGAUACAUACAGUGAAGAGUGAUCUACUAUUCACCAAACACUCUCUCAGACUCUCUCAUGGGGAGUGGGUUAAAGCAGCGCUUUAAGUCUAUGAAGAGGGUAAGAUUGGAGUAAUAGACCAAGCAGAUGAACCAAACAAGCUGAUCUCAGGUACUUAAAGGCACUUUGAAUGAAAUAGAAUGUGAGGAUCUAGGUUUACCCUCCCACUAGAAGGAGGGUAGUCAGGGAGAUGUCCCCUCAGUUGGCAUCUUACAUGAGACCUGAAGGAGAAGGAGCCUGUUUGGGGGGGGGGGCAAAAAGAGAUCUAGACAGGGAAGCUCAACAACUCAAAGAUUCUUCAAUGAGCAGGGAAGAAGAGCAAGGUGGGCAAUUUAGGAAGGAGUCUGAAACAAGAAGCUAUCAUGUAGGUUCUGAAUAGGGGUUAAAGGCUUAGUGUUGGCUUUAGAAACAGUCUGAAUGCUUGGUGGAGAACCACCUCAGAAGGGACCAGUGGUGGCAGUAGUUGUGGUGCUUUGUAAGACUCCUGAUGCCUUUGCAUUAAGUUGGAAAGAAGACUCCAAAGGCUCAAGCCUGAUCUCCCAAAUGCUUAAAGGCACUUGAUCGAUAAAAGGGAGGCUGACAUUAUUUUAAUAGCAUCUCUGGUUACAUACAACACUGCCAAGAAAAUCAUUUGAUUAUUAUUUUUUCAGGGGUACAGGUUGGUGUGGCUGCUAAUUAGCAAUGGCAUGCAUAGGCCACUCAAUAUAAGAAGGCGUUUCACUGGGGUUUCUGGGGAACUGUAUGCUGGCCUUUUGGUCUCCCCCUAGCACAGAACAGUAUCUAGGAAAUUAAUUCUUCCUUCUGGCUGAAAUGCAAAAUUGCAGAAACCUUUUGCUACAUAUGGCUGGCCGCUCUCAAGAGAGCAGACUCCUCUGGUGGAGCAUACUUUAUUAGAGGCCAUUUGUCAGUUUCCAUCUAUAGCUGUGGAUAGCAGGAGAGAAGCCCGAGACUACACAGGCUGAGGUGAAUUGUCUUUGGAUUCAACCCUAAGCUACUUUGGAAGAGCUAUCAGAUCCCUGCAAGGUUCUUCUCAUAGGGCUGGAGGUAAAGCCGUGUGCUGGGGCUUAUGCCACAAGGUCAAUCCGCACAUAAAUCAUCAUCAUAAAAUAUGCUGGCAGGUAUGAUGGCGCUGGAUGCCUAAAAAGGUCCGCAAGCUCCAUCCAUUGUUGUCAUCACAGGUGGCAGAGGGGAGUGACAAGACACUAGCACGCUGCUAAAUAGUAGCUCGGCAUAAUAAAGCGUGCCAUGUGUGUCACAGAUUUUUUCGGGAUUUCUGGAAGUUUUCUUUCUCCUUUCUUCUUCUUCUUUUUUUUUUCUCCAAGUUCCGCCUUCCCUGCUUUACAGUCAAACUGGCCCCAGCUGUGCAUCUCCUUUUGACUCCAUCUGUCCUUCCGCUGAGGAGGUGGGGUUCUCUCGCCAAAUAGAGAGCACAAGUUUGUCUCCUUAAAGUGACCAUAUAACCCCCACCUUACAUGGAGCCAUGGGCAGGCUCGCUGCAGGGGCUGUUCUGAGGAUGGAGAGAGCGAGCUUAGGGGCAAGCUACUGGCCUCUUCCCUAACCCAGUACACUUUGCACGCAAAGCCAAGCCAGACAACCCCAUCAGCGUCACUGUCUGGGGCUGCGUGUCCAUCCGGCUAGCCGUUUUUUAGUCCUUCUACAGAACCGAGGCUCGCAGGUUGGAAUUCAUCCCGGUGCGAGCCGCAUCACGCACGGGGAGGGGACUAAGGAGUAGGAGGCCCAGUCAGAGGGGGCUCCACGGAGUCCCCAGCGCCGGGAGACGCGGGAGGUGGAGUGGGGUGGGUGGGGGAGCGGCCGCCCCUGUAGCAGUCUGCUGCCCGAGCGGCCCCUCCCACCGUUCCUCCCGCCCCGCGCCCCCUCGGCCUCCCCGCCCUUUCUCCACCCCCUUCCCGGCCGGAUCCCCUUCCUCUCCGUGUGCGCGCUUUAAAUAAUUUCCUCCUUUUUGGCAAAAGAAAUAAUGCACCUGACUUUACCAGGGGGAAACAGCCAGCCGAGCAGAACAAGGAACAGAUGUAAAAGGAAUAGAAGAAGAGAGAAAAAGCGAUGGGACUCCCUUAAAGACAUCCAGAGGCUGGAGAGGUGGCCGCGGAGGCAGAGGCAGCUAGAGCCGCCCCCGCCUGCGUGAGCUGCGGCCAGAGGACGUCUGCACCAGUUGCAGAUGCCACCUUGGGAACUCCCGGGUCUUUUCGUUUGUUUGCCAAAGUCUUUUCUUCCCUGGCUUAAUACUGAAGAGGCUCCUGGGUUGCUCUGAGAUCCCAAUACAAGCUGGCAGCUAGCCGGAGCCUUCUUCCUAAAGAGCUGGAGGAGAAAUGAGCCCUGCUGGGCGAAGGAUGGGUGAAGGGCGUCAGCCGGCUGGGUCACCCCGUGGGCGGCCCCGCGGCGCCGGGGCGCAGAGCUCCCUGCUCCGGCUUUUCGUCCACGCCUGGCUGUGGGCAGCCUCGGGCUCAUCUGCCCAGGUGUUCAACCUCAGCCUCUCGGUGGACGAGGGGCUGCCCCCAGACACACUGGUGGGUGACAUUCGCGCGGGGUUGCCAGCAGCUCAGCAACAGGAUGGGAAUGGCUUUUUUCUUUCGGAGGACUCGGAUGACUCCCCGCUGCUGGACGACUUCCACGUGCACCCGGACACUGGUAUCAUCCGCACCGCUCGGCGUCUGGACCGCGAGCGACAGGACCACUAUAGCUUCGUGGCCGCCACGCUGUUGGGAGAGGUGGUACAGGUGGAGAUCCGCGUCAACGACGUGAACGACCAUUCCCCUCGCUUUCCCCGCGACUCCCUGCAGCUGGACGUGUCCGAACUCAGCCCGCCCGGGACAGCGUUCCGCCUGCCAGGAGCCCAGGACCCGGACGCGGGACUGUUCAGCAUCCAGGGCUACACUUUGCUGCAAGCUUCUGACAUGCCCCAGGAUCCCACAGGACCCUUCUUCCAAUUGCGCUAUGGGACGCCGGGGUUACCGGCGUCGCCUUCCCUGCCGGUGUCCUCAUCACCGCUGGAACCCUUAGACUUGGUGCUGCUGCGGCGCUUGGACCGAGAGGCGGCGGCAGCGCACGAGCUGCACAUUGAAGCUUGGGACGGUGGCAGCCCUCGGCGCACCGGCCUCCUGCACGUGCAGCUGCGUGUGUUGGAUGAGAACGACAACCCGCCAGUUUUCGAGCAGGGCGAGUACCGCGCCACAGUACGUGAGGACGCCCAGCCGGGCUCUGAGGUUUGUCGCGUGCGUGCUACUGAUCGCGACUUGGGCCCCAAUGGCUUGGUACGCUACAGUAUCCGGGAGCGGCAAGUGCCCGUGGCGAGCGCAGGUGGUGGGCCACUGGGCGAUCCGGGUUAUUUUUCUGUGGAGGAGCUGAGCGGCGUAGUGCGGGUGCAAAGACCUUUAGACCGGGAGGAGCAGGCCUGGCACCAGUUGGUGGUCCAGGCCCGCGACGGGGGCGCCGAGCCAGAGGUAGCCACCGUGCGCGUGUCCAUUGACGUGCUGGACGUGAAUGACAACCCUCCUGCCAUCCACCUGCUCUUCCUCACCGAGGGAGGUGCGGUCCAGGUCUCUGAGGGCGCCCACCCAGGCGACUACGUGGCUCGAGUCUCAGUGUCCGAUGCCGACGGUGACCCAGAGAAAGAAGAGGAGGCUGCAGGGGUGCUUGGUGCACGCCUCCUUGGGGCGGGCAGUAUAAAGUUGUCCUUGGAAAGUGGGAACGGAGUCUUUGCGCUGCGGCCCGGUGGUCCACCUGGAGUAUUUUUCCUUUGCAUCGAGGGCCUCUUGGACAGGGAAAGCCAAGAUCUAUACGAGUUAAGACUAGUGGCCACUGAUGCAGGGUCCCCGCCAUUGAGCACGGAGGAGUCGCUGUUGCUCUGGGUCUCGGACCUCAAUGACCAGCCACCUGUCUUUAGCCAGGAGCAUUACUGGGCCUCCGUGUCUGAAGCCGCUGUCCCUGGCACCUCGGUGGUUUGGGUCAGCGCUUUAGAUGCUGACCAGGCGGGCACUGAUCACGCCAAGCUGCGAUAUGAGCUAGUGCAACUCUCAGAUCCCUGCCAGUCUGAGGCUCUGUCACCCGAGGAAGAGUGUGUGCCAUCCUUCAGCAUCAAUCCCGACAACGGUUUGAUCAGCACCAUCCGAGCUCUAGACAGAGAGGUCCAGGAGACAGUGGAGCUGAGAGUGGUGGCCCAGGACCUUGGAGAGCCGCCACUUUCUGCCACCUGUCUGGUGACCAUUACAGUGGAUGAUGUGAAUGACAAUGAGCCCGUUUUCCGGAGGCAGGUGUAUAAUGUCACUCUCGCGGAGCAUGCUGCAGUUGGACAUUGCUUUCUGCAGGUAAAAGCCUCAGAUGCAGAUGCAGGACUCUACGGCUUAGUCAAGUAUUCUCUUUAUGAUGGAUUCCAAAGUUACGAAGCACCUCCAGCAUUCCAGAUCGACCCACAGGAUGGCCGCAUCUGUGUGUCCCAAGACAUAGACAGGGAAAGGGAUCCGGGCACCUUUGAUCUGCUGGUAAAAGCUAAGGAUGGGGGUGGUCUCAGUGCCCAGGCGUUUGUCCGGGUAGAAGUGGAUGACGUGAAUGAUAAUUACCCUGUCUUCACACCAUCGACUUAUGUGACAAGCAUCAGUGGCCAGACCCCACCGGGAACUGAGAUCAUCAACGUCCUUGCCAGUGACAGAGAUUCUGGAAUAUAUGGAACAGUGGCUUAUGAACUCAUCCCAGGAGAUCAGUCGUCUCUCUUCACCAUUGACUCCACUACAGGGAUUAUUUACUUAACAUCAACUCUCAGCCAUUUGGAAGCCACCACCAUUUUUCUGAUGGUCUGUGCUCGAGACGGUGGUGGGCUCACAGCUGCCACUAACGCUGAUGUCACCAUCCACAUCAUGCAGACCACGCUGGCUCCUGCGGAGUUUGAAAGGCCCAAGUACACCUUCUCAGUUUAUGAAGACGUGCCAGAAGAUACGCUCGUUGGGACAGUGAAGGCGAGAGAGUCCUUGAAUUCCUCAGAGCCAAUCACGUAUCGAAUUUCCUCUGGCGAUCCGGAAGGAAAGUUCUCCAUUCACAGAUGGCUGGGCAGUAUCCGCACCCUGAAGCCUCUGGACCACGAAGCACAGCCCAUGGUUGUUCUCACGGUCCAGGCACAGCUCGGCAGCUCCCCAGCCUGCAGCAGUACAGAAGUGAACAUAACAGUGAUGGAUGUCAAUGACAACCGCCCUGAGUUUCCCACAGCCUCAGAUGAAAUUAGGAUCUCCCAGACCACUCCGCCUGGUACAGCCUUGUACCUUGCACGUGCGCAGGAUAGAGACAGCGGGCUGAAUGGACUGGUCCGGUACAGCAUCGCAAGCCCCCAACCAAGCGAAUUCAGCAUGGACCAAGGCCGUGGGGUGCUGUACCUCAGGGAGAGUCUGGGAAGCAAGGCGGACUUCAGGCUGAUUCUCGUGGCUAAGGAUCAAGGUGUUCCUCCCCAGGUAUCCCAGUUGGUACUCACAGUAGUUAUUGAAAGCCAAGAACGAAUCCCAGCCGUGGCUUUUGAAAAUUUGGUCUAUCAAGUAGAAGUUAGUGAGUCUCUCCCACUGACCACUCAAAUCCUACAGGUACAGGCCUACCCACUGUAUCCCUGGCGCCCAACCUCGAAGACAUUUUACUCCCUGGAUGUCAGCGUGGACUCUGCAGUGUUUGGAAUCCACCCUCACACUGGGUGGAUUUAUCUACGGCGACAGCUAGACUAUGAGUUUACACAGACAUACAAGUUUAGAGUGUAUGUGCACACCUCAGAGGACCGAUUGCUGCAGAAUGUGAGCACUUCGGUGAUAGUUCAUGUCUUGGAUGAGAACGACCACUCCCCAGCCUUCCUGCAGAACAGGGUGUUUUUGAACGUUGAGGAGAGCCCUAUCCCCCUAGGGGUAAUAGGGAAAAUGACAGCCAUCGAUGCUGACUCUGGGAAGAACGGACAGCUCUCCUAUUUCCUUUUGACCGAUGGAAAAUUCUUCAAGAUGAAUCCUAACACAGGUGAGCUGAUCAAUUGGUUGGCACUGGAUCGUGAACAUCAGGGGCAUCAUCAAAUAACUGUCCUAGUGACAGACCACGGCUCCCCACCACGGAAUGCCACCAUGCUGGUUUAUGUCACAAUUACUGACAUCAAUGACAACUGGCCUUUUUUCCCUCAGUGUCUCCCGGGAAAGGAAUUUCACUUCAAGGUUUUGGAAGGUCAGCCAGUCAAUACACUGGUUACAACUGUCUUUGCAAAGGAUCUCGACGAAGGACUCAGUGCAGAACUUACGUACUCCAUCUCUUCAGAUUAUCCUGCUCACUUUAAGAUUGAUGCAAACAACGGUGAAAUAAGAACGACCUCGAUCCUUUCACAUGACUACAGACCUUCCUAUAGGAUGACAGUUAUCGCCAGUGACCAUGGGGUGCCCCCACUUCAAGGAAAGGCAAUUAUUAAUAUUCAGGUGAUACCACUCUCCAAAGGGAGAGUUCUUAUGUCUCAGAAUAUCCGACAUUUAGUUAUCCCGGAAAACACGAAGCCUUCAAAGAUCAUGAGCCUGAUGAAGUCACCGGAUCCCCUUCAACAGGACCAUGGUGGGAAGUUACACUUCAGCAUUGCUGCAGAGGACAAGGACGACCACUUUGAAAUUGACAGCUCGACAGGAGAUUUGUUCCUAACUAAGGAACUUGACUACGAAAUGACAUCCCAUUAUCUUAUCAGGGUGAUUUCUAAAGAUCACAGCCAAAGCCCUGCCUGGAACAGCACAGUCUUCCUUAGCAUUGAUGUGGAAGACCAAAAUGAGCAUUCUCCAUCCUUCCAGGAUGAGUUCAUUGUGAUAAGCAUAGAGGAGAAUGUCCCUGUAGGGACUCUGGUGUAUGUCUUCAAUGCCAAAGAUGGCGAUGGCAGUUUUCUGAACAGUAGGAUACAAUACUUUGCAGAAUCCAGCUCUGUUGGAGUGAACCCAUUUCUCAUCCACCCCUCCUCUGGUGCAUUGGUCACUGCAUCUCCCCUGGAUCGAGAAAAUGUUCCAACGUUCAUCUUAACUGUCACGGCAUCAGAUCAGGCCGUGAAUGUGACAGAUCGGCGAUGGAGGACCCUGGUAGCAGAAGUGGUGAUUUUGGAUGUGAAUGACCACAGCCCCACCUUUGUGUCCUAUCCCAUCACCUAUGUGAGAGAGGAUGCUGAAGUAGGUGCUGUGGUGCACCGCAUAACUGCCCAGGAUCCAGAUGCAGAGAUGAAUGGAGAAGUAGCUUACAGCAUCCUCUCAGGAAAUGAGGACAUGGUCUUCGUGCUAGACAGCUCCUCAGGCUUGCUGAGGAUAGCCUGCCCUUUGGAUUAUGAAGUGAAAACUCAGCAUAUCCUGACCCUCGUGGCCCAUGAUGGUGGCAUGCCAGCACGCUCUUCAUCCCAGACUCUGACAAUCACUGUCCUUGAUGUAAAUGAUGAGACACCAGCAUUUAAGCAACUUCUGUAUGAAACUUCAGUUAAAGAAAACCAAAGUCCAGGGGUGUUUGUUACAAGGGUUGAAGCUGAAGACACGGAUUCAGGAGUCAAUUCCAAACAUCAGUUUGAAAUCAUGCCAGGGCCUGCCUUUGGGUUGUUUGAGAUCAAUCCUGACACUGGAGAGGUGGUGACAGCUGUCACGUUUGACAGGGAAGCUCAAGGAAUCUUCAGGCUUCGAGUACUAGUGCGAGAUGGCGGUGUCCCUUCAUUAUCCAGCACUGCGGACAUCAUCUGCACCAUUGAAGAUGAAAAUGACCAUGCCCCGGAGUUUAUUGUCCUCCAUCAUGACAUUGAAAUCCUAGAAAACCGAGAUCCAGAGGUUGUGUACACUGUGUUGGCUUUUGAUAUGGAUGCUGGCAACAAUGGAGCUGUCACCUAUCACAUAGCUGAAGGAAAUACCGAUGAGUAUUUUGCAAUCCAUACAACCUCAGGAGAACUCUCAACAACUCGUGCUUUGGACCGGGAGCUGAUCAGCAAUUUUACCCUCACUAUCCUGUGCUCAGACUUGGGGAACCCGCCUCGAAGCUCUGCAAUGCAGCUGCAUGUUAGAGUUCUGGAUGACAACGACCACAGCCCCGCUUUUCCUAUGCUUCAUUAUCAGUCCUCCAUAAGAGAAGAUGCCGAGGUGGGCACCGUGGUUCUGGUGCUGUCUGCCGUGGACAGAGAUGAGGGUCUCAACGGGCAGGUGGAAUAUUUUCUUAUGGAGGAAGUUUCCGGUGCCUUCACUAUUGAUCGUGUAACAGGGAUCUUGAGAACUAGCCAUGCCCUUGAUCGAGAAUCCAGGUCUCAGCACACAUUCCAGGCUGUAGCCAGAGACUGCAGCACUCAAGGUGCCAAAAGCAGCGUGCUCUCCAUACUCAUAUCCGUCACGGAUGCUAACGACAACGAUCCUGUUUGGGAAGAGAACCCAGUUGAUGCUUUCAUCUCCCCAAUGCUGGCCCUAAACCAGACCGUUGUUCAUCUGAGAGCCAGUGACCCAGAUGCAGGGCCCAAUGGAACUGUUACGUUUAGUUUUGCAGACCGCCAGUCCGUGUUUUCCAUCGAUGGAUAUACAGGAGAAGUUAAACUGCAGCAGAAUCUGUCUUCAGAACACUUUCCUAUCUGGUUGCAGUUAUUGGCCACAGAUCAAGGGACCCCGGCAAGGACAACCAUGGGUCUCUUGGUUGUCCACAAGGAAGGAGAAGGUAUGAAGCUGUCCUUCAGCCGCUAUCUCUACACAGGACUCGUGACUGAAAACUGUGAGCCAGGUACUUCUGUUGUGACUGUAAAGGCGUUUGCUCCUGUGUCAAGUCCAGACGCCAUUACAUACUCAGUUGUUAGUGGGAAUGAAGAUGGAGUGUUCUCCCUUGGCUCCAACUCAGGGCAACUCAUCGUAGAAGAGCCUGGAUUGCUUGAUUUUGAAGUCAGGAGUGAAGUGCGGCUCAUCAUUCUUGCUGAAAGCAAUGGGCAUCAAGCCUUCACCCAAGUCACAGUUGCCAUCCAGGACUGGAAUGAUAAUCCUCCACGUUUUGCACAAAGUGUAUACCAAGCAUCAGUGUCUGAAGGACAGUUCUACAGUGUUCAUGUCAUACAGGUGUCAGCUACUGACUUGGACCAGGGCUUGAACAGCCAGAUCGAGUAUUCCAUUGUCUCUGGCAACCAAGCGGGAGCCUUCCGGAUCGACGAGCUGAAUGGAGUGAUCCUGACCAACUCCAUCCUGGACUACGAGUCCUCCGGCUCCUACAGCUUGAUUGUGCAAGCCACAGACAGAGGGGUGCCCAGGCUUUCUGGUACAGCUCUGGUCAAGAUACAGGUGACUGAUAUAAACGACAAUGCUCCGGUCUUUCUCCCCUCAGAAGCAGUAGAAAUUGCAGAAAAUUCUUUGCCUGGUGUAAUUGUGGCUCGGGUAUCCGUCCAUGAUGCGGAUCUGAAUCCAGCUUUCACCUUCAGUCUUGUCAAAGAAAGCAGCUCUGCAGCCAAGUUUGCUAUCAGUCAGGACACUGGAGUGGUGGUGCUGGCGCAAACACUGGAUUUUGAAGAAGUUACCGAAUACGAGCUGAUCGUCCGUGUUUCUGAUUCAGUGCACCACACAGAGGGUUCCGUCAUCAUCCGUGUGCUGGAUGUCAAUGAUAAUCCACCAGUUUUUACUCAAGAUUUCUACCAGGCUGCAGUUCCUGAACUCACACCUGGAGGGUACUUGGUGCUGACCCUGUCUGCCACCGACUUAGAAAGCAGUGGAGACAUUUCUUACCGGAUCCUUUCCCCUCCUGAGGGAUUCACCAUCGACCCCAGGAAUGGCACCAUAUUCACUACUAAUUCUGUAUCAGUUCUGGAAAAAAUACCGACACUUCGGUUUCUUGUUGAAGCCAAUGAUGGUGGAAUUCCCUCCUUGACGGCUCUCACAUUAGUGGAGAUAGAAAUACAAGAUGUAAACAACUAUGCCCCCGAGUUUCCAGCAGGGUGCUAUAAUCUUAGCUUGAGUGAAGAUACACCCAUCGGAAGUACCCUCAUGACAUUUUCAACUAUUGACGGUGACUACUCUUUCGAAAACACACACACCGAGUAUUCUAUCAUCAGCGGCAACUUACACAACUACUUCCACAUCGAAACCAGCCUACUUGGUUCAGAACAUCCCCACCAGCAGAGGGGUGCUCUUGUGUUGCUUCAUGCUCUGGACAGAGAAGCUAGUGCCAGCCACAAGCUUGUGAUUCUUGCGUCUGACCACGGCUGCCCUCCACUGAGUUCCACAAGUGUCAUAGCAAUAGACAUUCUUGAUAUCAAUGACAAUGCACCCACCUUCAGCAGUCGACACUACCAAGCCCAUGUCAAGGAAAGCACCCCGGUGGGGAGUCACAUCACCAUGGUAUCGGCAGAUGACCCUGACAAAGGUUCACAUGCAGAAAUCAUCUAUGGCAUAAUCUCUGGAAAUGAAAAAGAACAUUUUUACUUAGAAGACAGAACUGGGGUUCUUUAUUUGGUGAAACCUCUGGAUUACGAGGAAACAGUAGCCUUCACUCUAACCAUCCAAGCUACAGAUGAGGAGGAGAAACACGUCUCUUUUGCUGCUGUGCAUAUCAGUGUGUUAGAUGACAAUGACCACUCACCUCAGUUUCUGUCCUCUACCUUGGCCUGCAUCACUCCUGAAAACCUGCCUCCUCUCUCCAUCAUAUGUUCUGUGCACGCUCUGGAUUUUGACACCGGGCCUUACGGAGAGGUGACUUACUCUAUUGUGUCACCCUGCCUUGUCACACACGGGAUGCAUCCUUAUCAGGAUCUCUUUGCCAUUGAUCCUUUGACAGGGGACAUUCACACUGAGCAAAUGCUUGACUAUGAGAGUGUCAGGGAGUACUGCCUCCUGGUUCAGGCCAAAGACAGAGGUGAUGCCUCAGCUUCUCUGGAGGUUUGGGUGGAAGUUGAAGGGAUAGACGAGUUUGAACCCAUUUUUACUCAAGACCAAUAUUUUUUCAGUCUCCGUGAGAAGGGUCAAGGACAGCAGCUGAUUGGCAGAGUAGAGGCCUCGGACGCGGAUGCUGGGGUGGAUGGGGAAGUGCUCUACUCUCUUAGGACUCCAUCCACUGUCUUCUCGGUCAACAAAACGAAUGGCAACAUUUACUGGGUUAGAGCUCCUCUCCUAGGAAGCAGUCAGCUCGUCAAAGAAGACACUCUGGAAGUGAAAAUAAUUGCUCAUAGCCCCAAACCCGGCUCCAAAUCCACAUCCUGCAGCGUGUUUGUGAAUGUCUCUUUGCCAGCUGAAGGACACCAUAGAACAGUACUGGUUCACAGUUUCUCCAUCAGCCUUGUGGUCUCCUUGUUAGUGUUCCUCUCGCUUGUCUGCACUCUAAUUGUACUGAUUUUAAGGCAUAAGCAAAAAGACCCACUACACAGCUAUGAGGAGAAGAAGACCCCAUCAUCCCCAGAUGCUGAUCCCAAAUUGACUGGGGCUGCAAGUGAGCUUAAGGCUGGGCAGGAGACCGCCGAGUACAGGGGUGUGACAGGGCCUGGUGAAGUCAUGCCUGCUGAAUGGUUGAACUUAAUGAGUGUCAUGGAGAAGGACAUUAUCCACCUAUUCAGGCACUCAAACUACAGUGGCCACUGCUCUGUGGAUGGAGAAACUGCAGAAGAUAAAGAAAUCCAGAGGAUAAAUGAGAAUCCUUAUAGAAAGGACUCAGACUAUGCCCUGAGUGACCAGGGUUCCAGGGUGCCGGACUCGGGCAUCCCUAGGGACUCUGACCAGCUUUCUUGCCUGUCAGGAGAGACAGAUGUGAUGACUAGUUCUGAGACUCCUGCCAGGUCACCAAUGUUGCCAGAUGGAGAAUCUAGAGGAACGCACAUGCUUGGCCCAUGGCAUGACAGGAAAGCUGAAGAUGAAGUUCAAGGAUAGACCUGAUGCUGACUCCGUGCCUGCUCGCCCAUCUCUCAGCUCAGACAUGAAAAGACUCAAGCAAGUUCAGAAGGGUGGGUUCAUUCUUACCCAACAGCAGACUAUCUCAUGUAGCCAGCGUGUAUUUCAGUUUCUCAAAACUCUUCCAGCCUUAAUGAGAAGUUAUUUCCUUGUCUAGAUUUUUUGGGUUACUCUCAGGAUUCGCGCGCGCGCGUGUGUGUGUGUGUGUGUGUGGACAUUAACUAGUAUGUUUUAUCAUUCCUGUUUCUUUGAUGUUGAAAGUUUAUGAUUUGAAUAAGCAUCAGAAAUUAUGAUUGGAAUUUUUCAUGACGCUGUGCUAAUAUAGCCAAAAAUGCACUCUUGAUUGAAUGAAGCAGAAAACCCUUUCUUGAUGUAAGGCUGCGAUGGACAGGAGAAUCUUAGGCAGCUCAGCAUGUGACCAACAUGAUACUCUGCCUUCUCUCCAAAUGAUGACCCCACUGGUGCUCUGUCCAGAUUAAAAAAAAAAACCUUCAAAGAUUAAUUUAUAGAAAUCACUUCAUUUUAUUUUCUUUAGGGAUAGUGUGACUUUGGGUGUGAGAUAAUUUAUCUACUCAAUGUCCACUUUUGAAGUUUGUGUAGAUAAAACUACGUUACUAGCUAAUUAUAAAUUUCAUAGAGUAUUUUAGCAGUAUAUUUUUAAAUGAAGUUUUUCUUUUAUAUAUAUGAAAGUUUCUACUAUUAAAGUUAAGGGUGGGUGUCAGAAGUCUCCCUUCCAUUUACUGUUCUCCUGUACUCUGUCCUUGCUUGGAAUAGUUUCACAAGGAGGUGUAAAGAAUUCUGCUUUACCCAGUUCCUGUUUCAGAAACACAGUCACGAUGCCUGGUGCUCACAUGGAGAGUUACAGCCCCUCUCUCUGAUGAAACAAGAGGGCAUCAGAGACAUUUUACAGCAUUGAGACGAUAGUUGUAUCCUGAAGGUGAUGAUCAACCAGUCAUCCUACUGGGGUGGGGGCAGCAUGGAGACCAUAGCCAGGAUUUAGGAUCACCUUCCAGGGAUUCCAUUGUGAAACAUUUAAUGCAUCUGGGUAUUUUUCUCAGUAGGUCAGACAGGCUUCUGCUCCAUAGCUAGCUCUUUUAAUAACCCCCCCCCAAUCUAUCCCACCUUUGGAAUUGCAUGAAAUAAUUUCUCUUCACUUAAAAACAUUGUAGGCACAGUUUGAUAUCAAAUUUAGUAGGGCAGCAAUUUGAUGGCUCCCUAUACUGAUAGAAUGUAUGACUGUGUCCUCUUGUUGACUCAAACUGAGAGCCUGUGUCUAAGCCCUCAUUUGUAAGUAGUGUGAUGGCCAUGGAGGAUUUUGGAUAAGCUUUAAUUCCAGGGAAGGUCAUCUACAUGGGAGCCAUUUCAAUAUGACAUCACUGAUUCAUGUCUCACCUUAUCUUCAGGGCAUCUGAAGAAGAAAUGUAUUGACUUUUGUAAAAGGAAAAAAUGCAUAAUUAUUUCACAGUGCCAAUAAGAUUUGUCUCCCACCUCUUUCCAAUGAAGAGCAUUGAUCGGAGGGAGAUGAUACUUGGGGUUUCCUUUCCCCAAUUCCAUACUUUGUAGCAGAAUUAUUUGUGUUCACCACAAAUACCUUGUUUUUCGAUGGGUUUUUCCAUUUACUUAGGCUUUGAAAAGGGGAUUCUCCAUCUCACUCUUUUCUAAGUCAUUUGUUUUCGAUUUAUGACUGAACAUGACUCUGUGGGCUUUUUUUCCUCGCUAGUUCAUAAGCAACAGAAGACAACACGCAUUUCGAGCUCCUUACCAAUAUGUAGCAGAUCUUUAAUUGAUGACUUUAUUAAUACCACCCCAGAACUGCAGCACCAUCAAAUAACCGCCACAAGUCGAGUGGAGGGCAAGAUGUGAACACACUGGUUAAGUGUUUAUAAUAAAUCACGUGUCAGCCCUUUAAACCAGAGUGCUUUUUCCUAAGUAAACAAUAUAAUUUCAACUGUCUUCCUUCAAGUUGAAUAUUAAGCCACCUCAUCUGUUCCGUGUUACUUUGCUGAUCUCUACACCAGCUUUGGCACUCGGGAGGGGGUACAGAACUUGUUAGUGGAAAAUCAUAUUAAGCCCCAAAUUCAUAAGCUAUAAAAUAAAAGACAGUUGUCUCUUGUGGAAUUUUUGGCUGCCUGAAAUUCUGGACUCUCUUGUUGGCAGCCUUAAAAAUCCUGGUGUAAAUCAGUACCAAAUGGAUGUCAAAAUUCUGCGUCCCAGUAGUAAUCAUUGGAUCAGCUUCCAAAACGGAUUCCUGGGCAAAUAUAGGGGGAAAUGCUGUAUCUUUAGGGAAUUGCUCAUUUCACUGUUUUUAAAAAUAUUGAAAUGUGUUAUCCACUACUGGCAGCUCUCUUGCUUGCAUGUGGAGCCCAAGUUAGAUAUCCAGCUGGGGUAGAAUUUGUUUUUCCACACCUUUAUCCUUGACAUUCUCCAUACGUUUCUCAAGAAGUUACAGGGGUGAAAAUUAACUAUUAGCUCAUAGCAGUUGCUCUUGUUUUAUUUUUGACACUGUGCAUGUACCUUAACUCUAAGAUAAAAAGAGCAAAUUCUGACUAAGGAUCCAAGAUGACUAGCUGCUUCAAAGGAAUGAAACACAGAAGGGGAUAUGGCCAAGGGAGAUUUCCAGAUAAGCUUAUCGAAGGUAUCUUCACAGUAUAUUUUACUUGAUCCUAGGAGCUUUGAGCAGGUUGUUUGUGCAGAGAGGGAUGGAAUGGAAAAUCCUUCUGCCAGAGGAAUUCUGAGAUGGCUGGAGUUGGAGAAGCUUAGCUUAGGACCUAAGCCAGGUGUCCCAGUGUUGGCUUCUGCUCAUGCUAGACAUGGAUGGAGGGAAGAAGGAUGGGGGAGUCAAGCUGGGAAAUGGAGAACAGAGUAGAAUCUUCGUUCUGAAAAGAACUAGAGGACAUAAGCAGAUAGAUGCAGGAAAACAGAAGGGCAUGACCUCGUGCAAAACAGUGCUAUUGUGUUAACUCAGUGAAGGGUUUACUGAGUGAUCUGUCUAUCCUUUAUGAGGCCACCUUUUUGAGGAACCUCUUUUCUUCCCCUCCUUAUGAUCUAUCAAAUUAUAAACCAAUACUAAAUUAAAAUGAACUGAAGUGCAUUUUAUAUGAAGUCUUUCAUGUAUUUUCUGUUUGCAACCCUCUCGCACACACAAGCACACUGUGGGUGGAUUACAUAAAGUAUCAGUAGGGUGAUUAGGGUUAGGUUUCUUUCCUCUGCGUGAGUGUGUCCUUGGAAAUCCACAGAACUGAGUAGUGGGCUUUAUACAUAACCAAGGAAAAGGAGUCGCUUGGUUUGCAUUGUCAAAUAUUACAUUUGCACAAUGUUCAAAGCAUAGUGUAUAACACUAGACAGAGCCAAUUGUCCUCAAAACUUCAAUUUUUUUUAACCCUAGUGAUAUGAGUUAUUGUGAUUCUGUGUAGGUAAGAGAAAAGUGUCAAUUAGAAAUAGAAUUAUGGCAACCUGGGAAAGACCCAGGAUGGAAUGGCUAGAGUAUCAAACUAUACAUUUCUCCUAUAAACUUAGCACUUGACUAUUUGAUGUCGGUUAGCAGAUCCUACUGUCUCUGUCUAUGUAGCCUUACUCAUUCAACUCAACACGAAACAAAACUAAAACUGUGAUGUGAGUAAUAAAAAGGGGAAUGGCGUGCCAAAUAAAGACCAGACACACGAUUACAUCUCUUGAGUGAGAAGGAAUUAUUUUGUUUAGAAAACUAAAUAAAUGUGUCUCAUUGUUAGAUAGUCAACCCUCAGGGUAAAGGCCUGGGCUCCACUUGUGUUCUGAAGCACAGAUGGUUUUAGAAUAAGUUUUCAGAAUGUGUGAAUGGGUGUGCAUCCUAAACCCCAGUAGGUGAGAAUUGGUACUUAGCUCCAUGCUUUUGGCCAGUUGCAGGGCUGAGAGAAGUAUGUACAAAUGCCCUAUUAUAGUAUCUUAGAGAAGCCAAAACCUAUAAUGUCCUUCCAAGACAGAAUUUUAUUUUUCUCUGUCUUCCUCACAAUGUACACAUACACUUUCUGAGUUUUCGGUAUAUUUAGAAACAGGCUGUAAACAACAUUUCAAAGCAUAUUCCUUGUGACAGCACACUGACAUAGCCAAGUAUGUUGGCUUAAUUUAUUUUUGAUCCUGUAAUAAACCAUCGCUACGCAUGGCAAGGAGAGAGGAAUUUUAUCAGCAUGAGAGAACAUGGUUUGGCAGAAAUGCUUGGUUAGAAUGUGCACAUCAAAAUGGACUCAAAUCUAAGGUUAAAACUUCAGAGACAUUCUGAGAGGUUUUCUCUUUAUAAAUUUAUUUGGUGACUAAUAUUUUAAACAAACAUAGAUUAGUUAGUUAAUAAUCUUUUUCAAAGAUCAUGGUAUGGGGCUAGAGGGUCAGAGCCCUCUUGCUGAGGACCUGGGUCCUGUCCUCAUGACUCUCAUCCUGGGUCAUAACUCUCUACCUCCUGAUCCAGAAAGUCUGGUGCCAUUUCCUGUGCUCUAUGGGCACAGCCAUACACACAUACAUGCAGGCCAAACACAAAUAUAUCUUUUUAAGUAAAUCAGUUGUAUUUUAAACAAUCAGUGCAGGCAGUAAUAUAUGAAGUCAUUUCCCCUCAUGGUAGAAAUGAAAAAUGAACCUAGCAAGGGGGAAUGAAUGAAAGUUAAAGUGAAAUUAUAGAACUAAAAGUAAAACGAAGGUAAGAAUUUGGUUUUUAAUACAGAAAAGUGGGUAGAGUGUUGGGUGUGGCGUCAAGACAAAAGUUGCUAGGGACAUUUGAGAAGUGCUUUAUAGGUUUAGUUGGCACUUACAGACUAGAAAGCAGGGGUAGGAGAUGACGGGAUUCAGCACAGCAGAGAAGGUGACAGGCUCACAAAAUGUUAUUUCAUUAAGGAAGAUGGCAAAAACACAUUCACUUAGCAUGAAGUGACAUGAAGAAAAAUAAAGAGAUUGGCAAGGUCAGGGAUCAGCACACAAUGCUUUCAGAUUGGCCACUCUGGAGAGGCUCAGAUAUGAUGUCAUCUGAAAUGAAGUGAAUGACCCAUGCAAGGGCAUAUCCAUCUGUCAGCCAGGCAGGAACUGAAGCAGGAGACUCCUGGAGUUUUAGAGAAACAACCCAGGUUCUAGAAUGAGGUAAAGAAGUAUAGGAAAAAGUCUUGUGGGUAACACCUUCUACCAAAAGGAGAAGGUAUUCUUACAAACUGUAAACCACAGAGGGAUAGGCAAGGCCACACCUCUGCAGCUUUGGCAAGCAAAGGGGAAUUGCCCAACUUGCUUGAAUAGAAAGCUGUGGAUCCCCAGAAAAUACACCCAAAGCUCUGAAUUGAACCUUUCCAAGUGUGACCAAGUAGGAAGGUUGAGAUACAAUGGGAUUGGGCUGAUCUGCCCAUGCCCCUGUUUCUUUAGAAAUAUCCAACUGAACCUCCCCAUGGAAGCACUCAGCCCCAAUGGAUAAUGUGUAGUGGAGACAGAGUUCAAGCAGGUAUAAAGAGCAAAAGUGAGAAGUCCCAGGUAUGAGAAGACUCACAUGGUUCUGCUUAUAAGCCUUAGCAGAUGUAGAAGACACUCUCCAAUGUCAUGCUCUUGGACUGUUGAGCUUGCUGGUGGACACUUAUCACCAUGUAGUGAGCCCUCAACUAUAAGAAGACCUUCCCAUACAAUCAUGAGCAAGAGAAAAAUACUUUCACAGCAGGAAGUAACCUAAAAUACUGAGCAAUGAAUAUAGCAGACUGCGAAGUUAAGUCUGAUAAAAGUUUUAGUUUAAUAUUUCAAAUGUAAAUAUAAAGGAAAUUAAAAAUCACCAAAUUGAUAAAGGCUACAUGUUAACUAAACAACAAUAUAUAGAGAUGGGAUAACUACCUGAUGGAAGGAUAUUAGAAAAAAAGAAACCAAAUAAAAACUAAAAUACAAAAAUUUAGGAGACUAAAGUAGAAGGGACAAAAGUUGCUAGAAUCAGUGAAAGUGGGAUAAGAAACAAAUGAAAAGGAAAGAAGAGAUUAAAAGUCACCAGCUGUAGAAGUCAUGGUCAGAGCAGAGUAGGAACUGUAGAGUUAGAGGGCUGAGGGAAAAACGGCUGAACACACAUAGUUAGAAGGCCAAGGGAAAAUGGUGGAACACACAUAUAAGUGGAAUUCUUGAAGAGAAAAAAAUGGAACAGAACAAGUACAGGAUCAUAAUUGAAUAAAACUUUCCAUACAAAACCCAAACUAUGAAUCUCAUAUUGGAAGGGUAUUCCAUGUAAAAAUCAGCCAAAACCUUAAGUUAAUAACAAGCUAUAUUCUAAAAAUUCUGAACUUGGAAGGGAAAAUAAAGAACAGCAGAUAAAGCUGCCUAGUCACGUGCCAGAUCAAGAAUGUCUGCUUCAUUGCAUUUUAGCAUCCGUGGUUCCGGGCACAUGGCUCUGUGUAGGAUACUUAAGAUACUGAAAGGUAAUAUAAGCCAAAAAUUUAUACUCUGCCUCUAUCUCUGCCUCUGUCUCUGCCUCUUUCUCUCUGUCUCUCUUUAACACAUGCACACUAUGUGAAUGUAAAUUUUUCAUGGUCAAUUUUAAAGAAUAAAGCAUGUAGUUAUUAAAGGA